AUGUUUGGUGGCGGCUCAAGCUCAUCAGGACCAAAGACUGAUAGUGAAUCCACGCCCGAAGGCAAAUCGCCCUCUCCAGACUCAAGCCCCGAUGCUACCAGCCCUACGGCCGUCGAUAAUACGGACCUCGUAGCUGGCAGAGAGAAGCGCAGCGGCAACGGUAGCCCUCCCGGCCAGGCCGACAAUGGCUGCUCCUCGGACAAGAAGCGCCGAAGUAGCGGUGUCGGAAGCAAAGCAAGCAGCUUGCUCGCCUCGGCGAGGAAUUCCCUGAAUUUCGGCCAAGCCAGCCGUGGCAGCUCGGAUCUCGGCGCGCAGACUCCUCUGCAGAAGCUCGGCAGGCAAGAUUCCGCCCUCGUCGUGCCCCAGGGCCAGCAAAAUAACUCGGCCGGCGAGUCGGUCCCCGGCCCCAAAUCCACCUUCCGCGUCGGCGUCUGGGAGGACAGGAACAAGAAAUGUCGACGGACCAUGGAGGACACUCACGCCUUUCUCUACAAUUUCCUCGACACCCCUGCCGCGUCCGUGGGCACGAGCGAGAAGAACAAACCUUGCAGAGACAAGGCGGAGGCGUCUGCCCGCGACGUUGUUCAGUCUGACAACGGCUACUUUGCCAUCUUUGAUGGACACGCGGGGACCUUUGCCGCGGACUGGUGUGGGAAGAAGUUGCACAUCAUACUCGAGGAAAUGAUCAAGAAGCAUCCAACCGUCGCCCUUCCGGAACUUCUCGACCAGACCUUUACCACGGUCGACGCUCAGCUCGAGAAGUUGCCGCUGAAGAACAGCGGCUGCACUGCCGCCGUCGCUGUUUUGCGUUGGGAGGAACGCGUGCCUGGCGACCGAUCGGGCACGGCCUCUGUGCCCUCUGCCUCUCCCGCCACGGAAGCAGCCAAGGCGGCCACCAAAGCGGACGACAAAUCGCCCGAUGCUCACUCGUCAGACAAGGGGAAGGAACCUUUGACGGAUGCAUCCGACGAUGCGGAGAAGCGUCCAUCCGAGACUCUCCAUGCGAGCUCCAAGGGCUCCACAAACCGCCGGCGCGUUCUCUACACAGCCAACGUCGGCGAUGCGCGCAUCAUUCUCUGCCGCAGCGGCAAGGCAUUGCGGCUCUCGUAUGACCACAAAGGCAGCGACGAGAACGAGGGCAGAAGGAUCGCAAAUGCAGGAGGCCUCAUUCUGAACAAUCGCGUAAACGGUGUCCUGGCCGUCACUCGGGCUCUCGGUGACGCGUACAUGAAAGAGCUGGUCACCGGACACCCUUAUACGACGGAAACAGUGGUCCAGCCUGAUUUUGAUGAGUUCAUCAUCAUUGCUUGUGAUGGACUUUGGGACGUAUGCAGCGACCAGGAAGCCGUGGACCUAGUUCGAAAUGUCCAGGAUCCUACGUCGGCGUCCAAGCUGCUGGUCGACCACGCCCUCAGUCGUUUCAGCACCGAUAAUCUCUCCUGCAUGAUCGUUCGCUUCGACAAAGAAGCCGCGGCGAAGAGGCUCAAUGCCAAACCCGGCGGCUCCGAAUCAGCUGCCUGCGCAAAGCUCAGCGAGGUGGAGAAGAUUGUCCAGGACACGAAGCAGAAGAUUGCAGACGGAAGCACCCCUGCGGUGGGGGUGUCUGCGAGCAACAACGGACGCGGAUACGAUAUUGUAGCUUCCGACGAGGGUAGCUUCGUGCCCACGACGCUUGAUGGAACUGUGGAAGAAGAGCCAUAUGCCACGGGACGGAAGGCAGGCCGCCUGUACAUGGUAUCUCGCUCGUCCCGUAUCGGCAUUCACACAUACAAGCAUACCACAGUAUUUGGAGAGUUGUCCAGCAGCGUCAAAGCAAUAUACUCCACAGCCUGA